GGCGCGUUCCUUUACACCGUUACAAGCAAGGGCACUAGCCCGCGCGCACCCGCGCCUGCGACUCGGAGGCUGGAAACAAAGCAAUCGGCGCGGUUCGCGUUCGAGAGCUGGAUCCGGGGACCGUGUUCCGACGCGCCGAGAGACAGCGAUGGGAACUGAUCUGCACGGUGACUAGGAGGCGAAAAAGAGAGAAUAGCGUUCCGGCUUCGCAGGGCAGACACCCCACGGGGCUCGCCUAGGCGAAGGCUGGGUGUAUUUUCGGAAGGGCGCUUUAUUUGUUGUUAUCGCCGCCUUUUCUGAAAACGAAAGAAACACCGUCAUGUUUUUGUCAAGCGGAGAGUGCUAAGAAAGCGCCUCUGAAAUUAAAAACAAUACAUUCGCCCGGUCCUGUGUCCGGGAGAAAGGGACCCUGAUUAUUUGCUGCAGCAGCGAAACCCUCUGUUUUCGGCGACAUGGCGGAACAGAGCUACUCCUGGGCAUAUUCCCUUGUUGACUCUAGCCAGGUGUCGACUUUCCUCAUCUCCAUACUUCUUAUAGUCUACGGCAGCUUCAGGUCACUAAACAUGGACUUUGAGAAUCAAGAGAAAGACAAAGAUGGAAAUCCUGCGACACCCAGCAGCUUCAACAACAACAAUCCCAGCAACAGUGAGUCCGGUAUUCAGACCAUCGACUCCACACAAGCUCUCUUUCUACCCAUCGGGGCCUCUGUGUCUCUCCUUGUCAUGUUUUUCUUCUUCGACUCGGUCCAGGUCGUCUUCACCGUAUGCACAGCAGUUCUUGCAACCAUAGCGUUUGCUUUUCUUCUGCUGCCCAUGUGCCAGUACCUGACCAGGCCCUGCUCCCCACAGAACAAGAUCUCAUUUGGCUGCUGUGGGCGAUUCACCCUGGCUGAGUUGCUGUCCUUCUCCCUCUCGGUCAUGCUGGUGCUGAUCUGGGUACUGACAGGACACUGGCUGCUCAUGGACGCUCUGGCUAUGGGACUGUGUGUGGCCAUGAUCGCCUUUGUGCGCCUACCCAGCCUGAAGGUGUCCUGCCUACUCUUGUCUGGACUGCUCAUCUACGACGUCUUCUGGGUCUUCUUUUCAGCCUACAUCUUCAACAGCAAUGUGAUGGUGAAGGUGGCCACGCAGCCGGCAGACAACCCCCUGGACGUGCUGUCCCGGAAGCUGCACCUGGGGCCCAGCCGUGACGUGCCUCGCCUUUCCCUGCCUGGCAAACUGGUCUUUCCCAGUUCCACGGGAAGCCACUUCUCCAUGCUUGGCAUCGGGGAUAUCGUGAUGCCGGGCCUCCUGCUCUGCUUCGUUCUGCGCUACGACAACUACAAGAAGCAGGCCACUGGCGAGACGCUGGGGCCCGGCAACGUGUCGGGCCGCAUGCAGCGUGUCUCCUAUUUCCACUGCACCCUCAUCGGAUACUUUGUUGGUCUCCUAACAGCCACCGUGGCCUCCAGGAUCCACCGAGCCGCCCAGCCCGCCUUGCUGUAUCUCGUGCCCUUCACCCUUUUGCCGCUGCUCACCAUGGCUUAUCUGAAGGGGGACCUGCGACGCAUGUGGUCAGAGCCCUUUCAUGCCAAAUCCAGCAGCUCGCGCUUCCUGGAGGUAUGAUGGACUGCCAGCAGCAGACCGCCGCCCUCGGGGGAGAGGAUGGGACGGACACCCCCUGUUCCCGACCCCAACAGGAUGCCGAGAGAGACAGUAUUGGGAGAGGGGGGGCUUUCACAGUGACCCACCCCCUUCCUCCUGCCUUUACACCCUCCCUCUGCCUCUGGUCAUGGCUGCAAGAGAUAGAGGUGCAAUUCAAGGACAUAGAUGCCAGAGAGUGUGUGCGCGAUCCCCACCCCACACUGCCCCCGAUCAUCUGCAUGCCUAUCCUCACACAGGGGUCGUCAUCUGUUAACCCCCCCCCAUGCUGUCUUUGUCAGUCUGAGCCUCCCUAGGGGACGGCUUUGGGGAUGUGACCACAGCCCCCCACGUUCGCCUUUGUUCGUUUUUUCCAGACGCAGCUGAUUAUUAUUAUUGUUGUAUUUUUUUUUAAAACAUCGCCAUGAAAUGUAGUGGCGAGGACCUCCAGCAGCCUCCUACGGACAGCCAAGGCAGCAGUAUGGCUGCUAGGGCCGGUAUGCAGCCUGGACCUGGGACUCAUUCACCCCAGCAUCCAACCCCAGUGCUCUGCUGACUUCCUUUCCCUUUGUCCCCUUCUGUCCAUUGUCCUUUUUCUGUUUUUGCUUUUAUUCAAGUUUUUUUCCUCUCGUUCAGGAAUUUUUUUCCCCACUAACAGUUUAUGCUAAUUUUUUUUUAAGAAUAUGUAUUGGUGUAUAUUUGUGUGUUGUCUGUGUGUGUAAGGAAGCGUGAGAGCAUUUCUGUGUGCAACCAGGUAUGCCAGUAUACGUGUGUGUAAAGACGCACAUAAGUUUGCCGUGCGUGUGUGUGUGUGUGUGUGUGCGUGCGUGGGUAACUUAACAUAUUGUGCUGAUUUUAGCCUGAAAUGUAAAAUUUAUAGGAGGAUUGGGAAAACGCUGUUGUUCUGUUGCAAUGAUGGUAGUGACUAGGUACGGACCUGUAGACCUAGAAGGGUACGUGUCAAUGUGGCAGGUAAAAGCAAUUGUCUUUGGUUGCAUACUGUAGUAAAUCAAUAGGAAACCAGGCAAGUGAGCAUGAGAGGUGAGGAAAUUUCAUCCUGAGGGACUGUACUCACAUGACACGUCCUGUUAUUGUUUGGAAAAAAUGGAAGUUAUUGGAAGUGACAACUUUCUAAAAUGUUGGUUUAAAAUUUUGUGCCAUAUUUUCGAUGGAAAGAAAUUGAUGAACAAUUUAAGUAGCACUGAUUAUGCACAUUAUUAACCAUUUGUAAAUUAUUUUCUCAAAUUAGUUUUUUUAAUAGAAAUAUAAAUGGCACUGCCCCCCUUAUCACUCCUAGAGAAAAAAUGUUCUCUAUAUUAGGAAAGUUGAAUAAAAUUGGGGAAAAGGACUGUAAUUACCAACUUAUAUUGUUCGUGGUGCUACCAGUUAAAUAUUCUGUAUGGAUUUGUACACUCAAGCUUAUAUGGGUGGGUCACAUAAAGCUUACUGGUGUAUAUUCACUCCACUGAGAGUUGUGCAGCCCCCUUAUUAUUAGAUUGAGGAAGGUGGCUUAUGUUAGGCAGACAGAUAAUGCUUUUCUAGGCCAGUAUUUCCCAACCCGGUCCUGAGGGACCACCAGAGAGUCCACGUUUUUGCUUCCUUCCAACUCCUUGCCAGACAGGACACAGCAAAAACGUGGACUCUCUGAUGGUCCCUCAGGACCGGGUUGGGAAACACUGUUCUAGAGCAUUGGUGGCAAAUUUCUUUUCAUUGCCAUUGAGUUCAACAUGUGUUCAUCAGCUUGUUCAAAUGCUGUUUAGUAGCAGUAGGACCAGUAGGUUCGUAUCGGGCUCCGCUGUUCUGCCCCAGGGGGCGGAAGGUGAUGGUGCUUUCAGAUGUUUGUUUCCCUGUGGAUAAUGCUACCCCCCAUGACAUUCUGUGAGUGAAUAGCACUGGGCAACAACACUAACGACCGUCUCUCGCUGUUGGUGUGUUUGAGGCCUGAUGUAAAUGUAUUGCUAGGCCUUUAUGAAGUGUGUGGACUUGAGGAUAAAAAUUCUGAACUGUAACUCUGGACCCAAAUCCUGGACCUUAAGAACUGUGAUUUAAAUCAUUUAUCCCCCACCCCCAGACCUUUUUUAAUUUGGAUGGUCAUUCCACUCUUUGUUCUUUGUUUAUAGUUAUAAAAACAACUGGACCAGUUGGUGGGAGUGUGUGUGUGUAUGCGCGUGUGUGUGUGCCCUCGUGCGUCCAUGCCUGCACACAGAAACUCCAAAGCGUGAGGUGAGUUCAGUUGAGACCUUGUGGUUGGUGGCCCCAUUAUGUAUAAAAUCUUUGGCCCUGCAUGCCAAAUGUACAGCUUUUGCAGUUCCUCACAUUGCAACCACAGCUCUGCUAGCCGUGCCGUGACACGAAGUGGACAAAAAGGGUGAAUUGGACACGUCUUAGGGGUCAGAGCCUUCGGGACAAUGACCUUUCUGAGUGCUGGCCUUCACAUCAUUUUUCCUGACCUGGCUGUGCAGAAGGACAGAACAACUGGGCAAAUGAAUGACUACAAUCUGGGACAACCCGCACAUUAAAGACUAUUAAGCAGCAGUGUCACCUUCACCUCAUAACACUGCUGAUGAUAAUAGUUAAUAUAACGGAGGAUAAUUUCAAAAGUGUUUCUUUUUUAUGGAGUGAUUUCUUUUAUUCCCAUAUUUGUAUAGUAUUUCUUUUUGUGCUGUAGCUUAGGUUUUUCAUUUAUUAUUUUGUUUCCCUCUCCUUUCCCCAUUUUGCCUUCAUGCUGAGGGCUUUAGUUCUGUUCAGAUAAAUCUGAAUGGAGUCUGUACAAAAACAGAGAAAUGUAGUCUAAUGAAUCCUGAUAAACUGAUCUUAAUGUUCUCUUUUAACCCUUUUGAGUCAGGACUUCAUUGUAAAUAAAGAUGAAUCUAACUGUAA